CCCUCAGUUCGUAUAAAAGUGUCAUCGGUCGCGGUCACGCUUCGCGUUUACCCGAAAGUUGCUACCGGGGGAAGGACAAAAGAUUAAUGAUUAUAAUCUCUGAAAAUAGUCGACUUAAUUAUUGCUUAAGUUCUGUUGAACGUACGUACGUUAAACGUACAAAGUUCGACUCCAAAAUAUCGCGUAAAUUAAGGAAAAAUAUUAAAAAGUGUAUUCUCAAAGGGGUAUUAUCUUUUUAUUCUCAAUACAGGUGGCGAAAGUAAUUCAUUGUGCAUUAUGAAAUAAACCUGGGUGAUUGACGUGUGAUAAAUUUAAUCUGUCUCCGUGAGAGAGAGAACGCGCAUACACAUGCGGCACUUGAGUAACGAGUAAAGAAGGACUAAUAAAGAGCGCCGAACGGUCCAUAUAAACGAGACAAUUUAACGGGAUAAUUUAACGAGCGUCACGACACACAAAACACAAGAGUGGACGUUAUAUUAGCCGUCUAGGAUACAGAAUCAUGGGCAUGAACAAUGUUGGACCGGUGAUCAGGAUGUCUUCGUCUGGCACGCACGGCGCAGGCGGUGUCGGCUGCUGCUGUUUCAGGUGCUGCACGUGCAUACACGUGGAGUUCCUCAAGUCAUUGCCGGGGAUCAUGAAAAUCGGCGAAACGUUAAUCAGCGGAUUAAUACAGAGCUUGCUGAUCAAUUACGGCCUGAGGUAUAGUUCAACUAUAGGCUCGGCUUUUGAAGGAUCGUUAACCACAGCAUCCGCUUGUUUCCUGACUUCGGCUCUGUUGCUUGCCUGUUAUGCAGUUUCCGAGAAGACCUACCGGCUUAUUCGUUCGUCACUUUUUGAAAUGAUGUUCAACUCUGUAGCCUGUUUCCUGUAUUUAAGUUCAGCAUCUUACUUGGCCUUUGCUACAAAAGUAUUCCUAACGGUCGAAUAUUACGUGAAACCCGCGUUCGACGUUUACCCCGCCAUGACAGCCGCUUAUAUCCUGAGUGGUGUCGUCGGAGUGUUGCAUGGAGCAGACGCGUAUAUAUGCUAUAAACAAUACAAAAGUGGGAGAUAAAUCACAGUAAUACUUAGAUAUAACUGUUAUCUAAUUCCACAAUUAGAAGUGGUAAUUGCAUGAAUGCCUACACGUAAAGUUUAUAUUCUUAGGGUGUAACAAAGCGUAAAUAUCGGUGAAUCGCAGCUUUGUGUCGUUAAUAAUAUUGACCAAUCAAAAAUCGCUAUACUUUUUUCUAAUGGCAGCAAUAGGGAACUUUUCGAUUGCGUCAGUGAGACUGGGAGGAAACGUGAGCCGAUAAGGAAUCAGAAUACGCAACGAUACCUACGACGUUGUGGAACUUUCCAGCUGCAUUAAAGUAUUGCUUAAACUCGUAGCAGAAAUGUUAAUUCACAAAUCUUUGUUCUCUACAAAUUUUUGUGAUGAUGACAAUUGGUCUUUUCGUAAUGAUCGGCAAUUUGCUAAACAUGAAAAUAGACGCUUCAAAUAGGCUUACGUAAAUAUUACAGUAAAAACAGAAAAAGAGAGGAUGACUCAAAUAUAUUUACAUAAUAUUAAAGAAUAAGGUGAUAGCAAAUUGUAAUACAAACAUUUUGAACAAUGUUACCCAACACUUGGUCCCCCCUUCUGUGUUCAGUCUCUAACAGUUAUUAAAU